UGUAUGUCCGCGCAGACUUGCAGUUCUUUUCGGGUAUUCUUCAAAGCAAAUGCGCUCCUUCAAAGCGUUUUCAUCGGAUACUUACCAAAGUAAGCGUUUUGUGGACUAAAAGAUCCAAAUUGAAAGCUUAGAAAAGAGAAGAAAAUAAAAGGAUAACAGAAAAUGGAGAAACGUAGCGACAAUCUGUUGAAAAGUGGGUCGGAGAUCGGCCAUGUUAACCGGCAGCUGAGGAGAAGUUAUGAUGUAAACUUCAAGAUGAUGGUGAUAAAUGACGCAGAGUCUUCAAACAAUUGCAAAGCGGCUGUGAAAUAUGGUGUCACAGAGUGUAAUGUACGGAGAUGGAGAGCUCAAAAAGAUCGCCUAAAAAAUGCUCACAGUCAGAGAAAAGCUUUCCGUGGUCCUCAGAGCGGCCGCUUCCAAGAACUUGAAUGGAGGGUGUGCGCGUACGUGUACGAGAAACAAAAGGACGGGAUGCCCAUCAGCAGAGCUGCCAUUCAGCUCAGGGCCGUGGACAUAGCCAAAGAGCUAAACAUACCCACGGGUGACUUCAAAGCAAGCAUCGGCUGGUGUAAAAGAAUGAUACGGCGUAACGGACUAACGCUGCGACGCAGAACAAGUCUAGCCCGGCGCAUGCCCUCUGACUUUGGAGAGAAUCUGUUGUCUUUUCAGCGCUAUGUAAUCACCUUAAGGAAAAAUCACUCUUACCCACUGGAUCAUAUUGGCAAUGCUGAUCAGAAACCUGUGUUUUUUGACAUGCCAAAACCUGUCACUGUACACAAGAAAGACAUAACUGAAGAAGAUCUUCACCUGGAGAAGCACGAUGCCCCCCAUGUUAUACAGGAGUCGGAGAUGCUGUAUAUCAAACAGGAGGCGGAUCCAGAGACCCCCAGCAUGAAAGAAGAAAAACAGGAAGAUGAAAUCCCCAACUUCCCACAGACUGUCAGUGUGAAGAUUGAAGAAGAAGGUCCAAGUGACAGCUUAUUUGAACACCUAACGACAAAAGUGCAAGAUCUUCACCCUGAGAAGCACGAUCCCCCCCAUGUUAAACGGGAGUCUGAGUUGGAGAUGCCGCAUAACAAACAGGAGGCGGAGCCUGAGAUCCUUUGCAUGAUUGAAAAAGAACAGCAAGAUGAAGUCCCCAAGUCUCCAAUGAUUGUCAGAGUGAAGAGUGAAGAAGAUGAAGGUCCAAGCGAAGAGAGCAGAGCUGUGAAACCUCUGAGCGACCACUUAUUUCAACACAUGACAGCAAAAGGUGAGGGACGGUCGCAACAGGCCGGCCUCUUAGCACCGCUCUCAGACAGCGACGACGUAACAUCACACUCCUCUGACUUUAACUCUGAUGAGGAGGAUGUUGACUUUGACCAAAAUGUUUCAAAAUUAUCAAACAAGUCAUCAUUGAAAAGAGAGACCAAAGAACGCAUGGGUAAGAAACGUUUUGCCUGCUCACUUUGCAAUAAGAGACUUUCUACGAAGCAAGAGGUAACAAGACACACUCGUACACACACUGGAGAGAAGCCUUUUGUCUGCACAUGUUGCGAUAAAAGAUUUUAUAUGAAGCACGAGUUAACAAUACAUAUGCGAACACACACUGGAGAGAAGCCAUUUGCCUGCUCAAUUUGUGGUAAAAGAUUCUCCCAGCAAUUAAGUAGACACAUGAAAACACACACGAGAGAAACUCCUUUCGCCUGCAGACUCUGCGAUAUUGGAUUUUGUACGAGGCAAGAGUUAAAUAGACACAGGCUUACAUGCUUGGAAGAAAGACCUUUCUCCUGCACAUUUUGUGAUAAAAGCUACUCUGAGAAGGGACUAUUAAAGAAACACGUAAGAACACACACUGAGGAGAAGCCUUAUGUCUGCAUACGUUGUGGUAAAAGAUUUUGGGGGAAAAAUCAUUUAAAAAUACACACACGUACGCACACUGGAGAAAAGCCUUUUGCUUGCUCAUUUUGUGGUAAAAGAUUCACCGAGAAGGGAAAUUUAAAAAUGCACAUAAAGUCACACACUGGAGAGAAGCCUUUUGACUGCUCACUUUGCGAUAAACGAUACUGUACGAAGCAAGAUUUAACAAGACACACGCGAACACACACUGGAGAAAAGCCUUUUGCCUGCUCGGAUUGUGGUAAAAGAUUCACCUGGAAGAGAUACCUAACAAAUCACACAAAAACCCACACUACGGAGAAACCUUUUUCAUGAGUGGUUUGUGGUGAAAGUUCUACUCGCAAGGGGCAUUUCGUUUCCCUCACAAGAAGCCAAACUGGGGAAAUACAGUAUUGGCCCGAUUAUAAGAUGGUGUUUUUUGCACUGAAAUAAGACUGAAAAAGUGGGGGUUCUCUUAUAAUCGCGGGCUAGACAUUAUACCCAUUCACGACGCUAGAUGGCGCCAAAUAUCAUUGAAGCGAUGUUCGGUUGGACUUUAGUUUACAUAUUUACAUAUUUAAAUGUUCAGAUAUUAAGAUUUGAAUGAGGCAAAAUAACAUGCUUUUUUUCUCAAAUAUAUUGUUAUAAUCAUGUUUCAGAUGUCUUGUAAUUAUUUUCUGUAUAAAAAUUAAUUUGGUGUUCAAAAAGUCUUUUUUUCAAACUUGAGUCUUGAAAAAGAGCCAUCUUCCAUCCGGGCCAAUACGGUACCUUUCAAUUGCAAUGUGUGCCAAAUAAGGUAGUCCCCGUGUUGCGACGGACCAGACUUGCGCGCUUUUGUCUUUACGACGCCCCCGUCCCGUCGUGUUUGUGAUGCUUGCUUUUAUGUUGGCGCAGGAAGCGAGCGCAUGUACAGACAUGCCCGCCCAUCCCGCACACAGAGCAGUCAAGUGACAGAGGUGACAGCCUGGGUCCACAUUUCUUGCUUGUGACGCAUCCAAAGGAAACAGCUGUAGAAACCCCUUUUGUACUGUUUAUUAUGCCUUUUCAAUUUGUGGGAGAACACUUGGGGUGAGUUUAUUUGAUUGUUUCUGAUGAUGUGCGGACGCUAACUGAUACAUGCUAAUCGUUUGUUAUGGCUGUAUCAGCAGCUCCUUGUAAACACAAAUUUGAAUUGCUGUUAUUGAUGAUGAGACUGAUUGGAUUUAAUUUUAUUUUAGAUUCAUUCUGCAAGUGUUGAUGUCAUGAGCAGCUGAAUAAAGUCAGCAAAUCAGGCAGACAUCUGACACCCUCAUUUCGGAGCUUAGCUCGCUGUCUAGCUAGGAAUUAGCUCCAACGUCUUGCAGUACAAUGACGUAUAAUACUUUUUUUGGGAUAGUUUUUUUUUAAUUCAGAGGGUGUUUUGAGGUAAUUAAAGGGUUAAUUCCGACUUCUGCGGAAAUCCACGUUACAUCGCUAGCGCAGGAACGGAACUAGUUGUUAAACCGGGGACUACCUGUAUUCAGAUUUCUAUCAUGUAUUGACAGUGGAAAAGGCAUUUAAAUUUCCUAAUUCCAUUACUGUUGAGCUUCUUUUGAAAAAGUUGUUGCAAUGAUUUAGCAGUUCCCGUUCUUUUUUUUUUAAUUAAUUUUUUUUUCUAUUAUUGUUAGACCAAUUCAAUAUUCUCGGUUGUUCCAGAUUUUUCUUACUGCUCUUCACCUUUUAACUUCUGAAUGUUGGGAUUUAGAAUACUUUGAUUCUACCUUUGGCUAUGUUGUUGUUUGUACAUUUCCAAACUUGAUGUUAAUAGUUUCAGGGAAGAUGUCUUUAGUCAUCUUGUGCAUUGUAAUAUUUUUCCAAUCUAAUUAUGUAUAGGUACUUGACCAUUUAAUAAUUUUUACUAUUAAACAUUUUUGUUUUUUGCUGUUUUUUUUGUUGUUUUUUUAAGAGCUGUUCUCUUUUUCAAUAAAUACAUGUUGUAUAU